AGUCUCUCCUCUCCACGGCAACAUCACCCGCCGCAUCCUCAAAGCCUAAGCUCGCUACUGUGCCUCCGGCCGUAGAUACUUCCACCCAUAUUGCACCCACUGACCCGCUCUCCACCACGAGUCCCAUCGAGGAGGAGUCUGUCCCUGCUCGAGCGACUUCACCCUCUCACCCCAGCUUGACCCCCGCGAAAGAUACAGCGGAUCUUCCUCUAGUGGACCCCUCUGCUGUCGCCCCCGCUGAGAUCUUGCACAAGCCAGCAGAUAUCGUGUCUAAUGAGCCUGUGGCUGCUUCGGUCACAGAAGGUGCUGCAGCUUCAUCAUCCCAACCCGAGGCACCUGUUGUCACAUCGCCUGCAGAAUCUCAAGAACCCAUACCAUUGGUACCUCGCACGCCUAGGACUAAAGCUAUUACCCCAUCAAAACCCAAGGCUCAAGCUCUCAAACCACUUCGUCGCGUCGUCGCAGAUCCCGAGGAGCAGUUCUGGCACUCCCAAAUCGUCCACGGUCGCAGCUCGCUCGCUGCUUUCCGCCACCCCAUCAACUAUGGGGUUCCCGUCGCCAUGAUUCAUCUUCGCUCCUACAGUCCUUCUCUCUUUCCCUUCUUUUGCCACUUCAUUGAACAUGCCGCUGCCUCGCUUGGCAUUCCAGUCUCCGGUACAGCCACCUUGCCCAAUCGCAAAAGCCUCUGGACCGUCAUCAAGGCUCCAUUCGUCUUCAAGAAGUCACAGGAGAACUUCCAGAGGAUAGUCCACAGUCGCUGCAUCAAAGCAUAUGAUGCGGAUCCAGCAGUCGUGGAUAGAUGGAUCAAGUAUAUCGAGAGGCACGCGCAGGGAGGUAUUGGGAUAAGGGUCGUUCGGUGGCAUAGGGUGCCUGUUGGAGUUGGGGAGAUGCAGAUCAAACGAGUCCUGGGCAGGUUGAAUAAGAAGACGAAGACGAGUGGCGAGCAGGUAAAAGCAUUGAGUCAAAAGAUCAUUGCGGAGGAGAUGAAGGUCGUCGAGAAUGCGCCACCGGCUCCCUAGUUGAAAGUGCUCUCGACAUUGCAUAUACAUCUACCGGGAAAUUAAUUCUUC